AUGAGCAUAUUGGCAUACGGUUUAAACUAUCGCACGGCUUCCGUCGAGCUGCGUGAGCGCGUGGCUUUCCCGGAAGACUACGUCACCGAUGCCUUAGUUCAGGUUAAGCGCGACGUGCCCGGCGUGCAGGAAGCGGCCAUCAUCUCUACGUGCAAUCGCACUGAGCUGUACUGUGCGCUGCAUCCCGAGGCGGAACCCGACCUGGCCGCCUGGUUGAGCCGCUAUCGGCCAGUAUCAACCAGUGAAUUACAAGAUGCCUCAUACACACAUUGGGAUCAGGACGCAGCCAGGCACCAGAUUCGGGUAGCCGCAGGCCUCGACAGCCAGGUAUUGGGUGAGCCGCAAAUUAUGGGGCAGGUCAAAGCCGCCUACGAGACGGCACGCGCCUGCGGCACCAUGGGCCCGGAACUGGGACUGCUGUCACAAAUUAUUCUGCGCACCGCAAAAGAAGUCCGCACCCAGACAGAUAUCGGCCGCAAUCCGAUUUCAGUGGCAUACGCCGCCGUUUCCUUAGCACAGCAGAUAUUCAGUGACCUGAGCUCCAAACGUGCACUUCUGUUAGGUGCCGGCGAAACCAUCGGCCUGGUAGCGGAACACCUCGCCAGCCAGGGUAUAGGCCACAUGGCGAUUGCCAACCGUACAUUGGUCAACGCUGAACUGCUGGCUGCAAAGUACGAAGCCGAUUAUAUGCAGUUGACCGAUGUUGCUGAGCGGUUAGCUGAAUUCGAUAUCGUGAUUGGCUCGACUGGCAGCUCACUACCCAUUGUUGGAAAAGGCGCGGCUGAGGCAGCCAUCAAACUGAGACGCCGACGCCCGAUAUUCAUGGUGGACAUUGCUGUACCGCGAGACAUUGAAGCCGGUGUUGGUGAAUUGCCCGAUGUUUACCUGUACACAAUCGAUGAUCUAUCCGCGAUUAUUGAAGGCAAUAUCGCCCAACGACGACAGGCUGCAGCCUCCGCAGAAACCUUUGUCCACCAAGGGGCCAAGCUGUUUUUACGCGAAAGCAGAGUGCAGAAAGACCAGGCCCUGCUGCGGGCAUUUCGCGAUCAGGCGAAAACCAUACAGGCGGAGUCUCUGUCGCGGGCCAAAAAAGAUUUACAGCGCGGCACCGACCCGGAGCGAGUGCUGGAGCGCCUGAGCAACGAUCUGACUAACAAGUUGAUACACGCCCCGACCAUGGCUAUCCGUGACGCCAGUGCAGACGGUCGAGCUGACCUGCUCGACUACCUGCGCAUUCUUUAUGAUGUCGACACCGACCCCGAUCAAAUCAAAAACCAAGAAGAAUAA